AUGUAAAAGACAACAAUAUUGAAUUUCUUACACAAUGGAUCUAAUUAUUAUCCUUUCGGAGAUAAACCUGAAAAUUUCUAUUCAACAGAAGGCAGAUUUGUACCUUUUAUGUUUGAAAGGAAUUAAGUAGGAAAAUUAACAAAUGGUGAAAUUAAUUCCUUAAAUUAAAAUUAGAAGACUGUCAAAUACAAAACCAACGAGUAAGUUAAUUCUCUGUUAGCAGAUACAAUAAUCAAAUCAAAAUUAAAUACAGAAUUAGACACACCAAAAUAUGAUCCAAUCACAAAGUAUGUUACAUUAAUACCUACAAAUAAUAAGAUUGAUGAAUUACAUAAAACAAUAGAUGUCAAAUCUUAUACAUUAAAUCAUACAUCAGUUGAGAAAGGAUAAUAAAUGAGAAAGCAAUAGAAAGGAUUAAAUCAUAAACAUUAACUAAUUAGUAGAAGUACUAAGACUUUAACAUCACAAAUCCCGGCAAUAGGAAUUUAUGAUCCUAAUCCCCUUAAUAGACAUCUGCCAAAUAUUUAAAUUAAAUCAAAAUCUAUUCAAAAAUUACCUGAAAUUUGGGAACGUUCAAAUUAAGUUACGACUCCAAAAAUCAAUAUUAAAAAUAGUGAAUCUGAAAUGAUGUUUGCUAAGUAAAUUGCUUAAAUAAACAGAGAAGUUGACUCAUAAAUGAAAAGAAAUCCUAAUCAAAGAUUUUCAACACAAUAAUUUGAUGUACAUGAAAACAUGAAUUUAGAAGAAGCUGAAUAAAUGAGAAAUAGAAUGAUAUAAUAUUUCUCAAGUGUUAAAGAUAGUCUAACUAAAAUUAAGAAUCUCAUUAAUAUUAAACGUUGA